AUGCCAACCCUCUCUCUACCGGAUGCUUUUGGGGUCAUGCUUCGAGGAUUGCAGGGCAAACAAAAACGAAAUAAUCGCAAAGUAAAGGAUAAAGGAAGGGAUGAAAAUCCUGGUGUAAUAUCACUAGACAAGCCUGAAGAAAGUGCUAGUACUGAAAGAAAAGUUAUCUUGACCGAGGAGGCAGAACCAGUAAUGGAAAAGCCUGAAACACUUGAAGAUGUUUCUGAUGUGUCUGAUUCAGUAGAUUGUGCCAGUGAAAUACUCCAGCCUGAUUCAGAAGAUAGAGAUGCUAGUCCUGUUAAUUGGGAUACUGACACAUCAGAAAUUAAUCCUCCCAUGGAAGCUGGUGGCAGUGGAAUAAGUGGCCUUUCAGCUGUGCAAAAUGGAACUGGAGGAAGGAAAGGUCCAUCUGUAAUGGAUGAUAGUUCAUCGUCGUGUUCCACAGACUCAGUACCAUCUGUUGCAAUGAAUGGGUCCUAUAAAGGGUAUUUACUUCCAAAUCAACCAAGCCAAAAAUCACCUGGCAGAGGGAACCAGCGUGGCAAGGCUACUAACGAAUUAACUGGUUGGGGUAGUGAAUUGCAUAGUCAACCAUUUGAAACUGCCUCUGAUGUGGGGCAGUCAAGUGAUGUAUCUGGAAGUUGUGAGGUGGCUGAAUCUGAGUCUCAGGCAUUGCAGGAACGGAUAAAGUGGCUUGAGCACCAUGUAGUGAAGAAGGAGGAGGAAGUUGUUUCUCUACAAAGAAAACUAUGUGUUAAAGAUGAGGUUGAUAUAGGAAGACAACCAACAGAAAAGACAACAGGACUGCCAUCCCCUCCCAGGAGCCCUCCUAAAAAUCCCAAAUCCGCUGUUCAGCCAAAGUCAGAGUUGAAGAUCAGUGCUGCUAGCGACUCUUUUUCUGUUAGGCAACCAUCUUCAGAAAGCCUCAAACAAAAUGGUAAGACAGCCCCAGUGGUAAUUUCAGCAGAAAGCCAUAAAGCUGCGACUCCAAAACCAGCAGAAAAGCCCAUGGCACAGCAAGGACCUGUAACAAGCGGAAGGUCCAUGUUGCAUCAAGUGCCUGUCACAGUGGAGAAAUCCAUGGCACAGCAAGUGCCUGUCAUAGCAGAGAAGUCCAUAGCACAGCAAGUGCCUGUCAUGUCGAGGCCGUUAAGUGCACCUCUAAUUCCAGGACCCAGGCCAGCUGCCCCUGGUGUUACCAUGGUUCAGACACCACCAUUACUAGCACGUUCUGUGAGUGCAGCUGGUCGGUUGGGCCCUGAACCCUCAGCUGCAACCCAUAGUUAUGUUCCUCAGUCCUACAGAAAUGCUAUGAUGGGUGGUCCUGUUACUGCAUGUUCAUCUGGUUUCAUUCAGCCUCAUUCUCCGAGUUCAUCUGUUGAUUCUUCACACUCGUACACCCAACUGCCUACCAUGAUCUCUGCACCGGUGUUUUUACCACAGAGCUCUGAGAGAAUGGAACAAAACCCAAUCAAACCAAGCUUCUCAUAUGGAAUGGUACACCAUGACAUGCUGCAAAAUGGACUCCAAUGGAUGGAUGGCCCUCAACGAGAUAGCAGCAGAAGCAUGUACUAUGAUCCUUCUCCCGUGAUUGGUGGCAUUCAAAACUUUGACUUGUUCAAGCCUGUGCACAGCAGAUCCCAGGAUCACUUCCCUCCUGAGUUUUCACUGAGUGCAUCAGGUCGUCAGACCCAGAGUGUCUUGGGAGAUGAAUUUCCACACCUUGACAUUAUCAAUGACCUGCUUGAUGAUGAACAUGGAAUUGGGAAGUCAACCAGGGAAAAUACAGGCUUUCAGAGUUUCAGCAAUGGGCCUCAUCAGCUGAACCGGCAGCUCACUUUCCCCGGUGAUAUUGGCAUGUCAAGUGACCUGGGUCCAUCAACCAACUCUUGCAGGUUUGAACGAACUCGAAGUUACCGUGAUGAUGGCUUCCAACAUGGUUACGGCUCUUCUGGAGGUCAUUUUGACCCCCCGAGGGAUAUGAUCUCCCAAUCUAGUCCACGACCUUACGUGAAUGGGCAGAUUGAUGGGGUGAUUCCAAACCAGUGGCGAAUGGCUGGUUCUGAUCUCUCCUAUCUUGACACGAGGGCCACUGAUAGUAAUGGCUACGCGUAUCAUAUUCCAGAUUAUCCAAACCUGUCGGUUGGCGUCAAUGGUUAUACCCUGUUUCGACCUUCAAAUGGACAUUGAAAAGGGAUCUAUGAUGAAGCUUGCCCAUCAACUAGCAGGCUAUUGACUGUCGUAGUUAUUUAUUUGAGGGAAAUGUUGGGUCCUUAGAUUUGGAGUGAGGUUGUAACCCUUUGGGAAAAGUUACAUUUUGUAAAAAUGAUUCUCCCUUAUUUAUUUCCAGUUUUAGCUUUUGACAAAGGUUGCUUUGUCCCUGGUUUGGUG